AUGCCCUUACCGCCAUACGUGACAUAUAUAUUCAAGUGCAGUACACAGAUUGGAGUCCAUGAAAGGACGAAGAAAAGCCAACAGCAACCUCUGACGCUGAAAAUGAGUUCGCCUCCGGCUCUAAAGAAGCCCAAGAUAGAGAGAGACGAAGAGUCCAACGGCGACGAGCUAGAAGAAGCAUUGGUGGCUCUGAUUGAGUACCGCACCAAAGAAGUCGAAAAUCUCCGCUGCCUUUUGAACUACUACAAAUCCGAGGUUGGAGCACUUCUGUCUUUUCGUUUGUUUCUUGGCAAAAAAUCAGUGUUAUUUCACAAUUUUGAGCUUGAUCAAGCAGAAAGGAGGUUAGAGGAUACACAAUCUAAACUGGCUCAACAUCAAGGCCGAGACAAUGUAACAUCCUCUAAAGGCUCUGUCGGGAAUGGUAUGAAAGAGGUGAAGGUCGAACAAACAUCAACUACUCCUUUCCAAAUUACUGAAGGUCCUUCUCCAGGCCAUUCUCAAUCUAGAACACAAUUACUCCAAGGCCAUAUGAAGUCAUCCAAAAACUCUCUGAAAGAGGGUGUGCAAGAUGUAAAACUUGAGCAGAGGUCAAGUCGUACUACCCAGAACACUGAAGAUUUUUCUCGAAACCAUCCUCAGUCUAGUCCACAACUUGUGAUUCCUGCUGUGAAUCCAAGACUUUCCCAACCCAGGAAGAUGACAAAAUUCGGCCAUAAAGCUAACAAUGGUUCUGGUUCUCGACCUAGUACAUCAUUUCCCACUCCUGUCAUAAAACUAGGAGGGGAUAAAUUUCAGCGAAUCUUUUCUGAGGAGGAAGUUGUUGAAAUUCAAUCCGAAAGGGCAAAAUGGAAAUUUGAGCAGAAAGACCACAGACAGUUGAUUCCUUUCAUAUGUAGCUGCUCUUCACCCAGCACAAUCUGUUGUCAGACGAGCUGUCUAAUAUCUAGUCAACACAAAAGAAAGUUGAGAAGCCUUGCCUUGUGUCCAACCAACAGUCAACUAUUUGUGACGAGUGCUUUGGAUGGAGUCAUCAAUUUGUGGCAAGUUCAGGCUAGAGGAUCAAGUGCCAGGCUUAUAAGUACCAGUGAUUGUUUAUCUCCACACAGGAGAUGGCCAGAAGAUAUAGCCUGGCAUCCACAGGGAAACAACUUAUUUUCUGUUUACGGUGCUGAUGAUGGGGAUUAUCAAAUAUCAACCCUGAAUCUAGAUAAAGCAAAAGAGGCACUCUAG